AUGGCGGACAAGACUGGCCGGAGGAGGAGAUCUAGUAGCAUCCUCCAGGUCUACCAUGAGCCGCCCGAGCCCAUUGAGCAGCUCAGUGACCAGUCUGCCCUGCCCAAUCUCAACGCAAAUUGGGUGAAUGCCAAAGGUGCCUGGACUAUUCACUUGGUCUUGAUCGUGACCCUCAAGAUCGUCUACGAUAUCAUCCCGGGUGUGUCACAGGAGACAUCUUGGACACUAACCAACAUAUCGUACAUGUUUGGCUCGUAUAUCAUGUUCCACUACGUCCGGGGCGUACCGUUCGAAUUCAACGGCGGGGCCUACGACAAUCUGAACAUGUGGGAGCAGAUCGACGACGGUGCCCAGUACACUCCUGCCAAGAAGUUCCUACUCAGCGUACCCAUCGUCCUCUUUCUCCUCAGUACGCAUUACACGCACUAUGAUCUGGCGUAUUUUACGAUAAACUUCUUGGCCGUUCUGGGAGUGAUUAUCCCAAAGCUUCCAUACAGCCACCGUAUGCGCGUAGGUCUUUUUUCGGGGGUUCCUGAGGAUUAG